AUGCCAAAGGAGAACGACAUUAAGAAUCAGCCAGUGGCUGACCAUAAACAGCUAGCGUCUAUAUAUAAGAAAGGGGGUUCAUUCGACAAACAGCGAAAGCUUCUCCUUGAGAACUUCAAAGACUCUCAGACACAUAAGAACUUGAUCUUGAAGUUGAGGCUUAUGGUAGAGAAUAAAGUCAAAAACGAUCCCAGUAUAUUGCUCAAGAACAGAGGCAAGAUGGGAGCAUUGAUACAAGGCGAAAUCAUUAGUAAUAGCAGUGCAGACAGCCCCAUUUUGAACAUUGUUGAUAAGGAUAUCCAGGAGAAGAUCAUAGACUCACCAGAGUUCCACGAGAUUUUGAAAGUGGAAUUGAAAGAUAUCAAGAGAAAAUGUGAAGGUAUCAGUGACGAAGAUUAUGCUGCUCAUCUCAAAGAAGAGGAGAAGUUGAAACAGGAAGAGGAGCAGAGAGUCGAGAAGGAAAGGAUUGAGAAGGAACUCGCAUACAAGAAUAAUUUCAAAGUGAAGCAGCUAGCAGCCACGCACAUGGCAAAGCCCCCACGGUUCAACUUUUCAUCGAAGAAUAUUAGAGACCGUGACAGAGAACGCGAUGGCAACCGCGAUAGGGAUCCAUAUGGGAGAGGAGGCUACGGGCCCAAGGGUGGGCAGUUAAUGUAUUAG